UCUCUCUCUUCACCCUUGUUCCUUCUCACUUCACAACACCUCACCCAUUUUCCACUCUUUCCCUUCUACCUUGUUCCACCUCUUAAUUUUUCUAACAAAAUGGAGGAAAGUGUGCUAACAAAGAGGCCAAGAGAAGAAGAACCCCUAGAGAACAAAGAUAGUACUUAUGAAUUACUAGAGUCCUUAUCAAAGAGGCACAGGUCAUACAACCACAUACUCUCCCUCCUUGAAUCAGAGGAAGAUGACUCCACACAAGACCUAUCUUCUCUCAUCACUUCCCUCCAACAAGAAAUCACCAAUUGUGCCUCUGAUUCGGACACCCUUUUGAACCAACACAGCCUCACCAACACCACCACCACCACCACAACAAAUAGUAAUUUAGAGGAUUGUUCAUCCUCAACAACUAAAUAUUCUAGUGACAUGAUGGAGGAACAUGAUGACAAAGAAGGGGUCAUGAGACACCUUCUUGAAGCUUCUGAUGAUGAACUUGGGAUUCCAAAUAAAGAGGAUGAAUCACUCGAUCUUGGUGAAGAUGGGUUCAAGUUCAACGGUGGAGACAUGUUUUCUUCAAUUUGUGAUGGGUUGUUGUGGGAGCUUGAAGAUGAAGCUGCUAACUACUAUGAUCUUUUGCAGUCUCAACUCUUUCUCUAGUUUUUUUUUUUUGGUGGGGGAUAGAAAGUGAAAAACCAUAGUUUUCAUGCGUUCAAGAUGAAAUCCAAGGAGGAAAAAAAUGAAAAAUUUACUAGUUUUUAUUUUUUCAUUUUUUUGUCCCCUCUUUUUGUAAAUUAAAAUCAUGGGACGUUUAUGUGUGGUUGGUUACUACUUGGCAAUAUGUCGAUCUGUAGAAAAAGCAGCUAGGCUUAUAUAUUCACAUUACACAAAGUAAUUAAUUAGCUAGUAAUGAUCUUCUAAACUAUUUCAUAUGUUAAUUUUAUUGACUUUUAAGGGUAAAUGAAAAUUACUUCUUUUUAUUUUU